CCAGGUGCGCUCCGGGAAUAGCUUAUCCAACCCCGGCUUUUGCUUCAUCUCUGAUGCAACGUCUCGAGAAUCCCCCUCCCGUCUCCCUAUCAAUGGUAUCGCGACCUCAUAGUCGGGAUUGUCUCGGUGGAAAUCCCGACGAAGAUAAACUCUUCCCUUCUGUCAUUGAUUCUAAAAGGUCAGUGGUUUUUCUGUUUUGUUUGAUGGUCUGGUCUAUCGAGACUCUGUUGUCCGUCUGUGCUUUCUCCCUGUGCCGGCUACCCGACGGAGCAAGUGCUUCGUUGUAACAGAUUCGGUACUCCUCCUUGUUCUUUUGUCGGUGUAACAUUGUUUCUCCGACCUCCUCAACUGGAUCCUUUCGUCAUCGUCCAGACAGGGGUACGCGACGUACGUCCGCGGCAACCAUGGGCGACAUCGAAGAGAACGAGAAGUCGGUCGCCGUCCUCAAUCUUCCUGGUGGACGCUCCGUCUCGCCCGUGAACAUUGAGGAACGACGGGCUUCGGUGUCUUCUGCCGCCGCGGCGAAGAAAAUCCUCGAGCAUAGCAACGAUGCCGACGAGGCGAUGAAGGCUUUCGCCUCGGGCGAAGUUGUCGAGAUUGACGAGGCCACCAACAAGCGCCUGCUGCGCAUAAUUGACUGGCAUCUUAUGCCCCUGCUCUGCGUCAUCUAUGGGUUGAAUUACCUUGAUAAGACGACCUUGUCGUAUGCCAGCAUCAUGGGCAUCAAGACGGAUAUCAACCUCGUGGGCGAUGACUACCAGUGGCUCUCCAGCAUGUUCUACUUUGGCUAUCUGGCUUGGGAGUAUCCCACAAAUCGACUGUUGCAGAGACUGCCGCUCGCCAAGUAUUCUGCCUUUUGUGUCGUGGCCUGGGGGACGGUUCUGGCCUUGUUCGCGACAGUCUCCAACUUCGGCGGUGCCGUUGCUAUUCGAUUCUUCCUGGGUGUUAUGGAAUCUGCCGUCACUCCGGGGUUCGCUCUGUUCACUUCUCAAUGGUACACAAAGCGCGAGCAAGGUACCCGUACGGGCUUCUGGUUUUCAUUCAACGGCUUUGGUCAGAUCUUUGGUGGUCUGGUUGCGUAUGGCAUUGCUGUCGGCGCUCGCAAGAGCGGGACGGCCAUUGCGCCCUGGAAAAUCGUCUUCCUGGUCAACGGCUGCCUGACUGCUGUGCUGGGAAUCGUGUUUUUCUUCGUCAUGCCGGACAACCAGCUCAAUGCGCGGUGGCUGAAGCCUCGCGAUCGAGUGUUGGCCGUCGAAAGAGUGAGAAUCAACCAGCAGGGUAUCGGCAACAAGCACUUCAAGUGGUAUCAGUUGAAGGAAGCCCUGCUGGACCCAUUGACCUGGGCGUUCACUUUCUACGCUCUGACGGCGGAUAUCCCUAACGGCGGCAUCAGCAACUUCUUUUCGCAACUGAUCGUUUCCUUCGGCUAUACGCCCGAGCAAUCUCUCCUGUACGGCACGCCCGGCGGCGCUGUUGAGGUCGUCUCCCUCAUGUUCUGCGGCUGGCUGGGCGAUCGUCUAGGCCAGCGACUCCUGGUCUCCAUGGGUGGUUUGUUGGUUGCCCUGCUCGGCAUGAUUCUUAUCGUUGCCUUGCCCCUGAGCAACAACUCGGGCCGGCUAGCGGGUUACUACCUGACCCAAGCAUCUCCCACCCCCUUCGUGGCUCUUCUCUCCCUGAUCUCCACCAAUGUCGCCGGAUAUACCAAAAAGACCACUGUCGCGGCGUUGUACCUCAUUGGGUACUGUGUCGGGAAUAUCAUCGGCCCGCAAACGUUCAGACCAAAAGAUGCCCCGAGGUACAGGCCGGCGGAGAUUACAAUCAUCGUUUGCUGGGGGGCGUGUCUCAUUGAUCUCGCGUUCAUCUGGUGGUAUUGCAGGAGGAUGAACAAGAAGAAGGAGCAGCAACGGGCCGAGCCAGGAUAUGUCAAGCUAGAAAAUCAGGAGUGGCUUGAUCUUACCGACAAGGAGAACCCCGAAUUCAGCUACAGCCUCUAGGUCAGCCGAUGGGUGCAAUCAACGACCACUUUCUUGUGUUCGUGGAACCUUCACAAUGGUGGGAUGAGAAUUGCUGGCAAUUGCAGUGCUGGAAAUUGCAGAUUGCUUUGAGGUUGCUUGUGCCCCGGGACAUGUGGCCCUGGGGCUCUUUUGGAUCUGGUGUGCAAGAAGGAAGAUAGGCGUGGGUGGAAGCAUAGCGCGAGUAUGACAAUCCAACAAAUCCUUGAAGAAUGGGGUGGUGAAGCUGUGCGGGUCAUCCGUUGAUUCCAGCAUACAGACGGGCAAAGCGUGAUCGAGCACCAGCUACCGUCAUCCUUCCUACCAAGUCCAC